UUUCUCCCCCCGCCGCCAUUUUCUCCCCCCCCUCCGCCAUCCCCGUUUUUCCCCUCAUGGCGCUCGUCUCGGCCGAUUCGCGCAUCGCGGAGCUGCUGGGGGAGCUGCACCAGCUCAUCAAACAGACGCAGGAGGAGCGUUCCCGCAGCGAGCACAACCUGGUGAACAUCCAGAAGACGCACGAGCGGAUGCAGACGGAGAACAAAAUUUCCCCGUAUUAUCGCACCAAGCUCCGAGGGCUCUACACCACAGCCAAGGCUGAUGCCGAAGCCGAGUGCAACGUCCUCCGCCGAGCUCUGGAUAAAAUCGCCGAGAUCAAAUCGCUGCUGGAGGAGCGGCGCAUCGCGGCCAAAAUCGCCGGGAUUUACAGCGAGGCGGAGCCGCCCAGGAAGACGAUGAGGAGGGGGGUGCUGAUGACGCUGCUGCAGCAAUCGGCCAUGACGCUGCCGCUGUGGAUCGGGAAACCCGGGGAAAAGCCCCCGCCGCUGUGUGGGGCAGUGCCAGCCGCAGGCGACUACGUGGCCAAGCCGGGGGACAAAGUGGCGGCGCGGGUGAAGGCGCUGGAGGGGGACGAGCAGUGGAUCCUGGCCGAGGUGGUCAGCUACAGCCACGCCGCCAACAAGUACGAGGUGGACGACAUCGACGAGGAAGGCAAAGAGCGCCACACGCUGAGCCGCCGCCGCAUCAUCCCCCUGCCCCAGUGGAAAACCAACCCCGAGACCGACCCCGAGGCGCUGUUCCACAAGGAGCAGCUGGUGCUGGCGCUCUACCCGCAGACCACCUGCUUCUACCGCGCCCUCAUCCACGCCCCGCCCCAGCGCCCCCAGGACGAUUAUUCGGUGCUUUUCGAGGACACCUCCUACGCCGACGGUUACUCCCCGCCCCUCAACGUCGCCCAGCGCUACGUGGUGGCCUGCAAAGAAACCAAAAAAAAGUGAAAUCUUGGGCAAAACCACACAAAAUUUGGGAAAAAUCAACCAAAAUUUAAGAAGACCAACCAGGAAUUAGGUAGGGAGGGAAAAAAUGAGGAGAAAACGGGAUUUG